AUGGAUCUGUCGUGGGACGUUGGGGCGCGCGUCGAGGUGUACUGGGCGAAUGAAGCCGACUGGUUUCAAGGGACCAUCCAAGAGUACGAUGCGCAGGUCGGGUACCGCGUCCUGUACGACGACGGCGACGAACAGUGGGAAGACGCCAAUAACACAGAGCGUCUCCACGUGCUGCGGGAGACGAGUUGCGCCCACGAUGUCGAGGCCAUGGAGCCGCCCGGCGACGACACCGAAGACGACGCCGUCGUCGGUGCCAUGGAGCCGCCGUCGGACGAGUUGGGCGACGAGGACGGCGAUCUCCAAGCGUCCACGGCCCACGCCGGGACGAUCCAUAUUCCGUAUACGAGCCACUUACGACCGCCAGACAAGCCACUGGCGCAGCGACGACGCGCCGGCCCUGGCAUUGCCAUGUUGCAAGGCCGCGUUGAGUACCUUCGCAGCGAGCUCGACACGAUCUACAGCGCGUUCGUCAAGGUGUCGUUCGUCGCACCUGGUCCUGGCAACGUCAUGCUGCGCUGCAAGACUGUGCUCUACACGACGUCCGUGAUGCCAGCGAGCGCCCGACCGACGUGGAGCAACGCCACUUGGCGCUACGAGAUCCCGAACGAGUUUGACAUGAAACCAUGGGCCUCGCUCCGCGGCGACAUCCUUAUUGCGGUAUUUGAUCACAGUCCACACAACAACCUUUUUGUCGGCCAACUGCUUGUGCCGGUGGCCUCGCUCCUCGACGACGACUGCCCCGAGGGCCUCCAGACGCGCUUUGACGAAGAGUAUGCGCUCACGUCGCGUCAAGGCAAGGUCCUUGGUGGUCUCUACCUCCGCCUCUCGCACCAACUGCAGCUGCCGCCGAGCGAUGCAUCGCCCACACUCGCUACCACACACAGCCCAAUGGCUCCAAAAAACCCACUGAAGAAGAAGCCCCAGGCAGCAAGUGCGAAGCGCAAGCACGUGGCCAGUCCUGCCAUCAACCGCUCCAAGCGCGCCAUCGAAAUCGAGCGGGAGAAUGCUGCCAUUAAGAAACGCGUCGCGGCGGCAAAAGGCCGCGCUGUCAAGCUACCGACCGUGCCGGCUGGCGUGGCAGGCCACCGCGCCCACUCGAGCGUGAACCGGCAACGCGAACUCGCAGCGAUUGAGGCCGAGAACCGGCGUCUUGCCGCGCGCCGCAUCCAAAAGCCGAAACCAUCGACAGUGAUGGAGCACAGUGAAAGCGAUAGUACUAGCAAGACGUCCAAGUCACAACGCGUCGAUUUGGAGAGCCAAGCCACGUACGUCGUGCAGGUCGAGCUCACGACGGCGGUCGCGGCGCUGCAGCACGAAAUUGCCGGCCUCCAACAAGAC